GCUUUAUAAAAAAAAUUCACAACUAUUAGUUCAUACUAUUAUCCGGGGGUGAUACGUAUUUUACUCACUCAAAACUAUUACAAAUGUAGUUUUAUGGUACGCCGAUAUUUUCCAUUUGAGAGCGGAACGGAUUAUUUAGCAUUGUACUGGGGACCGGAAACAAAGCUGGUAAACAAACGCGUCGCCGGGAACGGGUUGACAUUAGCGGCGUAGAAAAUGUUCAAGAACACAUUCCAAAGCGGGUUUUUAUCUAUACUCUACAGCAUCGGCAGCAAACCGCUUCAGAUAUGGGACAAAAAAGUGAGAAACGGUCACAUCAAGAGAGUAGCUGAUAAUGACAUCCAUUCAAACGUGCUGGAGAUUGAGGGAGCAAACGUCAGCACAACCUAUAUCACGUGUCCGGCCGAUCCAAAGAAGACUCUCGGCAUCAAGCUUCCCUUUUUGGUGAUGAUUAUUAAGAACCUAAAGAAGUACUUCACCUUUGAAGUCCAGGUGCUGGACGACAAGAACGUCCGGCGGCGGUUCCGGGCGAGCAACUAUCAGAGCACGACGCGAGUGAAGCCGUUCAUCUGCACCAUGCCGAUGAGGCUCGACGACGGCUGGAACCAGAUCCAGUUCAACCUGUCGGACUUCACCAGGAGGGCGUACGGCACCAAUUACACGGAGACGCUGCGCGUACAGAUUCACGCAAACUGUCGCAUCAGGAGGGUUUAUUUUUCCGACAGACUCUACUCGGAGGAUGAGCUCCCCGCAGAGUUUAAGCUCUACCUGCCCGUCCAGAACCAGAAGGCCAAGCAAUAGAGCCUGCUCAGCUGUGCCCUGGCCCAAGGUUCUGGAGUGUAGAUGAAAUUGGAAAUAUUUUGUGUACUGAGCGCUCUGGUGUGUUGCUGUCUGUAAUAAAGCUUUUUAUGGAUGGAUU